ACCUGCGUUUUUGAUCCUCUACAGACAUCUCUGGACUGGAGAUCCUUCCCCUCCUGGAAGAGACGGACAACAACCACACGUUUUCACCCUCAGGGAUGAAAUAUGCAACGGCUGUGAGAAGAGCAUCCACAUUCUGAAUUCCAAAGUGGCCCUACAAGCAGCGAGACAAUUACUCUUACAACAGCCAGGCAGUGGCCUGAAAUCUCCAAAGAACAACGACAAACAGCGUCCACUGCAGGUGCCAGUGUCGGUGGCCAUGAUGAGUCCCCAGGUGAUCACCCCCCAGCAGAUGCAGCAGAUCCUCCAGCAGCAGGUCCUAUCCCCUCAACAGCUCCAGGCCCUGCUCCAACAACAGCAGGCUGUCAUGCUGCAGCAGUACUGUGCGAGGCCAUUUAAAGUCCAUAUGGAGAAGACAUGGCGGGAGAGCGAGACUACACAACAUCUGCAGGAGUUUUAUAAGAAACAUCAGGAGCAGCUACACCUGCAGCUUUUACAACAGCAGCACCCUGAAAAGCAAGCGAAAGAGCAACAGCAGCAGCAGCAGCAUCAGCAGCAGCUCGCCACCCAGCAGCUCGUCUUCCGGCAGCAACUCCUCCAGAUGCAACAGCUCCAGCAGCAGCAGCACCUGCUCAACAUGCAGCGCCAGGGCCUGCUCUCCCUGCCCCCGGCCCCAGGACAGGCAGCCCUCCCUGGGCAGACCAUGCCACCAGCUGGACUGAGCCCAGCAGAGCUCCAACAGUUGUGGAAGGACGUGACCGGUGGCGGCCACAACUUGGAGGACAACGACAUCAAACACGGCGUCGGCGGCCUGGACCUGACCACUACCAACUCUUCCUCGACUGCCUCCUCUACCCCUUCCAAAGCGUCGCCUCCCAUCUCCCACCACUCCAUCGCCAACGGCCAGUCUCCCGCACUCAAUUCCAGAAGAGAGAGGGAGCGAGAGAGGGAACGGGAAAGGGAGAGGUACGGAAAUUCAUUACACGAGGAAAGCGGAGCCUCCCACUCCCUCUAUGGUCAUGGGGUGUGCAAGUGGCCCGGCUGCGAAAGCGUCUGUGAGGACUUCGGACAGUUUUUGAAGUAGGUCUUACUCUGAGAAUGUACUCUCUACGCCGUGUCUUACUCACCUCCCCUUUCCUGUACUGACCGACCGCAUAUAUCAUCAUGUCUUAGCGUACGCUGUGAAUUUACUUCAUGACUGUGCGUUACGUUACGGUCUCCUGUGUUAAUGCUAAAGAAAAAGUACAAGCUCAAUGACAGUUGCAUUUAACAACCACAGGCCGAGACAAUGGCCCCCAUGAUAUCCGAUAAAGCUUCGUGUCCCCCUGCCAAGCGCCUCUCGUGCCUCUUUCCCACAGCAGAAACGACGUCUUAUGUCCCAUGGUAUAAAAGUUGUCGUCAACUAAGAUGAGCUUAGCUGCUGUACAUUUUUUGUUUCUCAAUAAUGAAGCUGUAGAGGCCUACUCUGAGGUAUUUUCCACAGUACCAGAGCGGCUCUUUGCGAGCUUAAUCGAGGGGGGCCCAACAAAGAGAUAAACACGCUUGCAUCUCAAUUGGGACAUUUUGACGUAUAGUUUGUGUAGACUGUCAGGCUGCUGGCUACAUUAACUCUCGGAUGUAAAUGAUCUCCGAUUUACACCCAAAUCUCCUCUUCAGCUCGCCGAGUUGCCGUGAAAGGGCCUGACAGGCUGGUGUGAAGAGCGUCAAAAGCGAAUGGCAACUUGUAUAGACGCCGCGUGGGCCCCACAAUGGUUGCAUUCAGUGUUGUCAUGGCGCCUACGACGGACUGAAUGAACUCUUCAUGCUCCAUCAACAAUUUAGUUAAUUAGCUCAUUUGUAAUUGGUCUGCUUUGUUGCCUGGGAUGUCAGUGGGAGACAUCAAAGGGGAAGGUGUUUGCUAGUGCCGUAGAUUACAAGUUAUCACGUUGCCACUCACUGGAGUAGCUAGGCUCAUUCUCUCUCUUCAUUCGAAAAGAGAGACAAAAAGGGCCAAAGCGUUCAUUGGAAUAUUCUAAUUAGAUUUGUAAUUAACUGAGAAAUUAUGAUCUCGUCGAGCGUUUUCACUGGUGUAAAUGUCCAUGUAAAUUCCACACAAACUCUUUUGAAAUUGGGAUAUUGUUCUAUUUUGGGGAGGCGGAUUCUUCCUUACAUUACAGUGCUGUAACUCCAUAACUGUGGUUCUGUGAUGAUAUGGAAACCCAACAGGGCCAAACCAGAGUUGUAGGAUUUAGGUCAGGCAAAACCAAAGGCAGUAGCUUGGUUAAUUAUACAGCCGUCUGUAGCACUAGCAUGUACAUUAGGGCUAAUGUGUGUCUGUGUAAAGAGAAAUUACUGAAAGCUAGACUGGCUUAAUAUACAAACCUCUACAGACCCCACAAGUCAGACAGACAAGACAUUUAUUGUGCAUUAUAUCAAUGCCUCUAUUCAAUGGACAUGCCAACAAUAGCCUCUCCUUUGAAUUUAUUCUAUCCAGGUGUAUUUCUAUCACAAUGUAUUUUCUAUGGCUGUUAUGUGUGCUUAUCCCCUGGGGAAGAUGCACUGCAUGGAGCAGCAUGGUGGAUGUCACGAGCAGGGAUUUGCUCGGGGGGAAAGGCAGUAUAUAGGCAAUACUAUAAGGUUACAGUAUAUAUUCUGCUGGAGACCCUGGAGCGGAGGAGAAGUUUGCCCUUGCGGCUUGAGAAAGAUUUUGGCUGUGUGUGAGACUGCGUGGCUAUAACGGAUUAGUGGUCUAUAGUCGUACACUCAGUUCACUUUGCCUUACUGAAUCCACCCGCUACUGUACAUGGGCUUCCAUGUAAACACGGCUAUGUAUGUUUACUGUAUGGACGUCUUUAUAGCUUAGUUUCUCAUUUGGGUUAGGGCAUAGGUACACAGUAGGUUAUGGAACAUGUGACUGUAUAUUUUCUUUAAGAACAGUGUAGAAAAAAGGAUUGCACAGAUAGGCAUGUACUUUACACUAGUAGGCUAGAAAGAGGGGUUGCAGGUAAUUCUCGGACAGCUGGUAUAGUAUGGAAAGGGGCCCUGCUUCAAACAACUGUCUUUACAAAACAGCCUUAAAGAUUCCGGGUGAGACUCCACGUCGUUGCAUCCAGCCUGCGAGGAGUCAGAGGUUCAAGUACUGUAACCGGCACAUGAAAACAGACAGCAACAGAAGACAGCGUGAUCCUGGCAGAACAAAGAUGGCUGCUUGUCUGCCUUGCCUUGGAGGAGGUAUCGUCAGUGUCAGGGAGAGCCUUUUAAUGUUUUCGGAGAUGCCACUCAUCUCCUCGGCAACAGCCAGGUACAAACACACUUUAAAAUGGUUUACAUGAAAUAGGUGUCAGAAUCAAAUGGCACUUUAAGACGGGAACGCGAGGAAGGGGGGAACCUAGUUAACCUGAUGGUUGGUUGCUGGAGGUAGGAGACAAAAUCUCAUGCAGCGGGCGCGUUAAGUCCUCGUUUGUUGUGUUGCGGUAGGAAACUUGUCACGAUCAGCGUUUAAUAGCUCUUCAGUGUCUCUUUUAUGUGUGUUCACCUGGAGAGCUAGCCACGUUGUGUUAGCUCUGUAGUUCAAAUGUAAUAUU